AUGUCUCAGACACCCGAAGCUGUAGCAUUCUUAUCUCGCGUUGCCCAGCUGCCCAAGGGUCCUGGUGCGUUCGACGCACUGUCGGAUGUGCUGCAAGCCUCGAUCGACGAUGAAGCGGCCUUGCGCAAGUUGUUCGCAACAGAUAAGACGAACCCCCGACUGAACGAUCCACACGUCGGCCUGGUCGACGUCUUCGAUGCGCCGACGGAUAUUCGUACGACUCGGGCUCGAGUGGUGAAGAGCGAGAGCGACCUGUCAGCUAAGUUCAUCCUGCCACUCUCAGAGGACCGUCGUCGUCAGGAAGGCAUGGCGGCGAUGGUGCAGACGUUCGACGAGUUCAAGCAGAACUGGACGCUGUUCACCGAAGGGUCGUUGUCGCAACUGACCGACUGGAACAACGUGAUUGCGGCGGGUGGUGCAGUGCAAGCGUGUCUGAGCCCUGUGCCUGCGUCUGCCAAGGUGUCAAAGAGAGCGCUGCGCAAGCACUUCCAUAACACCGCGUAUCCAACGUCAGACGUCGACCUUUUCCUCUAUGGCUUGACGGAGGAAGAAGCUGAGAAGAAGAUCCAGGUGAUCUAUGAGGCCGUGCGCGACUCUGUGCCGUGGGACGUGACGUGUGUGCGCUCGAGGCAUACUGUGUCUAUCCACUCGCAAUACCCGUAUCGGGCUGUGCAGAUUGUUUUGCGUCUGUACAGGUCUCCGGCAGAGAUCCUUGCUGGGUUCGACGUAGAUGCGCCGUGCUGUGCGUACGAUGGUAGGCGUGUGUGGGCAAACCCCCGUGCGAUUGUGGCGAUGAUGCGACAGUGCAACACGGUGGACAUGACACGUCGGUCUCCAUCGUAUGAGGUGCGGCUGGCCAAGUAUUCCUCUCGCGACUUUGAGGUGUAUGUGCCUACUCUUCGGCGCGACGACGUGGAUCCGACGAUCUUCGAGCGAGCGAUCUCGCGGAUUCAGGGACUCGGGCGUCUGCUUGUGCUUGAGAAGAUCAGGAACGGGAUUGCUCGCGAGAACUAUGUCGACGCUCGGCGUGCUCUACGAGGACGCCCGGAUGCUCAACGCAACUGGAGGAGGCAAGCUCGGAAGCACAAGGGCGACCUGAAGACGGAUGUGGACUUCACCGGACUCGAGAUGAAUGAUUAUGACUCUGGGGCAUUGCACAUACCGUAUGGGCCCGGGUGGGACGCUCGACGGAUUGACAAAUUGGUGUACCAAACGGAUCUGGGCGUGAACUCAAUGUUCAAUCCGAACAACAAAGGGCGUCGGCUGCAUCGUCAUCCGGCUUUCUUCGGGACGAUGUCAGAAUGUUUGGAGGAUUGCUGUGAGAACUGCCCAGAGCCUGAGAACGACGAGGAGAAGCAAGUGCAAGCGAAGGAGGACGACACAUAUGUCCGCGGUCGGAUCCAGUUCAUCGAAGAAGACCCUGGACGGCAGAGUAUUUCUGGUAGUUUCAAUCCCAUCGACGUCGGAGAGUGGGCCGAGCAAGCAUACAUCGGGGCGACCGUAAGGUUCUUCAAAGCCGUCGCAACUGGCGACAGACAGGCAAUUACGGCCCUGGUUCAGGAAGACGCCCAACAUCUUGAUCGCCGUGACCAUGUCGGCCGGACACCGCUGCAAGUGGCGGUGCUAUCGCGGGCAGUGGACAUUGCGUGUGAUCUGAUCGAGGCGGGUGCUCGACUGACACCACGGAUCGCUGAUGGGCGGACGGCGCUGCAUCUCGCAGCGCAGCUGAAUCUGGCCGACGUUGUACGGAAGAUGCUGGAGCGAAGCGCGAUCAAUGCCGAAAAAGUGGAGGCGUCGAAGUCGGCUGCGCCACAGAAGGCGGGAGGCGAGACACGUACGGUGGGGUCGGAUGGCGGCGAUGAAGACAAAGACGACGGAGAAGACGAUGACGGCCACGACGAGAGUGACGAGGGAUGGGUGGUCGAGGGCCGAGGCCAGCCCGGGAAGGUUGUGAAGGUUGCCGCCGACGUCGACGAAGCACAGGCAUUGGACAACGAAAGCGGGGCCGACAUUCUGGACGUCAAUGCCGCGGACUGGGACUUCGUCUUCACACCCCUGCAGUAUGCCACCAUUGCGGGAUCCACUGCCGUCAUCGACCUGCUCAUCGCUCAUGGCGCUGACGUCUCUCUUGUGACUGUGGCAAACGGAUGGAACGUGCAUCAAUUCGACCAUCUGACAUUGACCGCCUUGACAAGCGAUGAGCGCGUUGGUUGCGAAAUUGCACCGAAGCUUGUUGCUGCUGGUGCCACAUCCUCUCAGGCAGACGAGAAUCUGUUCACCGUGUUUCACCGGCUUGUCCGCUCUGGCAAGGCUGAUCUCGUCCUGACGCUGCUCCGGAGCGAUCCCAGCGCGAAAGCAGUGUUGAACACGCCCUUCGUCGACCAACAAGGGAAUACGGUAUAUCCUGUGGUGUCUGCCAUCGACAAAGGAUAUUACUCUGUACUGGCGGUGCUGCUCGCAUACAAGGCGAAGCUUGUGCUCGGCGAGGACGAUUUUGACCACUUCAGAACGAUCAGGAAGCCACGGUGGUACUACACCAACGGAGACUACUUAGACAGGGCCCGUGUGCCUCUUGAAGCGGCGGCUCAGCGUCGAGACGAUGUUGUAAGCCUACUGAUUGACGCUGGGGUCGACAUAAAUCUACCUCUUGCCAUCACGAAAAGCUAUCAGUCGCAAUAUGCGCCUCACCACACGCUGCUUGAUUGGAUACAGUCUGCAACACACAAGGCAAGGGCGGUACAAAGCAGCAAGCCCUCGGAGCCCGACACGGAGGAUGUCUUGCAGGAAGCGGCUCGUUCGCUGAGCGGCCAGUCGGGAUGGAAAGGCAAAGCGGGGAAGAUCAUAUUGGCUGACGUGAUGGCCAGGCUUCCCGUACCUACGGCAUCGUCGAACGCGGACAAGGAGCGGAAAGAGCGUGCUGCGCGCGAUGCACAAGAUUACGCGGACAUGCUGGAAGGGCUGCUUCUGUCGCGAGGGGCAAAAACCGGGUACGAAGGCAAGGAGAAGCCGACGGGCGAGCCUCAGAGACAUUUAUGGCACAACACGGUGUCUAACUUACCUGAACACCAUCGUCUGGACCCCCAGCUCCGGCAGAUCAGCACGCCUGCUGCAAUGGCUGUGCGAUACGACGAGCUGUAUGAAGCUUGUGCGACGGGAGACAACGACAAGAUCCAGGAGCUGUGUCUUCCUGGAACAGGUAGCAAGACAACUGAGCCUCCACUGCAAAUUGUUGUGCAGUUUGGGACAAACAAUGCCACUCGUACGUUGCGUCCCGUAGCAUGCACGCCGCUUUCUCUAGCAAUUUCCGGUCGUCACUGGGAUACUGCGAAGCUGAUCCUAGCCAUUGCAUCUGCACAGCAUGUUCCUGAGCCCGCCAAGGAGACGGCGAAUGAUCUGCUGGCCAGUGUGCGGGGGAUUACUCUAGCAGAUGACGAUGACGAUGGUGAGUCUGACGAAGACGACGAGCAAGAGCAGGAGCCUCAGGAGAAACCGCUCGAUUUCGUCGACAUCGCCAAACGCACGUCUGCCAUCCAGUCACGGGCCAGCCCCUAUAAUUUGAUGAGCGUGAUCCUCCACUGGCUCAAAGACGACGGUACAGUCACUUGUGGCACGGUGCUUACGAAGGCCAUACAAGACGACGAUUUCGAGGCGUUUGUCCAAAUUGCCGACAUGUGCAACACCUUCCCGGAGCUUAAGUUGACUCUGCAUGCUGCGCUUCACCCCAUCAUUAUGAAUGAUCGCCAUGAGAUGCUUGACGUGCUUAUCCGCCGGACAGGCACUGGGAUCAACGUCAGCACCGACGCAGACGAGACUGAGGGCGACAAGCCCGACGGGCCGAAAAAGGUGCAGCUUCUAUACCUCGGGCUUACUGUGCACGGUAAGAAGCGCAAGGAUCUUGCACAGUCGCUGGGGAAGAAGUCGCGCGAGGUGGAGAAGCCUGCUCGCAUGCCCAUUCUGUGGCAAGCCGCGAAUGCAAAUGCGUGUGGCGUGCUACGGUACCUCCUUGGAGACCGCCCACUCGCUGCUUACCGCUACUACGCAUCUACACACAGCGACGCGCUCGCUCAGCUCUUACGUCGUACACACGACCUCGCCGCGGUCCUGCCUGACUGGAUUGGAUGGUCCUCGAACCCUCUCAAUGAGUCGGCCGUCACGGCUGCUGUGAUUGGCGGCGAACUCGACGCUGUGCAGACGCUGCUUGAGCUGCGCCCAACGGAAAUGACAGAAGCGCUGAAUGCAAAGAUCAAUUUCUCCGGAUUCAACCAUGUUCUGGUUGCUGCAAACUGGGGCGUCACUCCCGAAUUGUUCGACUUCCUAGUCAACAAGGGUAUCCCUGUGACCGACACUGAUCAUAGAGGGUGGAACAUCUUCCAUCUCUUCGCAGUACACUCAAGCAAGUCGCAUUUAAAGCUCAUGAAACGUGCUUUGGCCACUCUUCCGGAGGACGUGGUCGAACAAAUGCUAAUGCAGCAAUCCAAAGGUUUCCAGUAUACUCCUCUCGCUCUUGCCGUCAAGCGCCAUCAGGUCGACGCCGUCCGCAUGCUCGUAGGAGCCAAAGCAUCCCCCUAUCUCCUGCGUGACGUCUACGGCAUGAUCCCGCUGCAUAUAACCAUUCAAGAGGGGCGGCCUAAGCUCACGCAGCUCCUCAUCGACGCAGGCCCGGUCGAAGCGCUCUACAUGGAGGACGGUUUCGGCUCGACGCCGCUCGAGCUCGCGGAGGUGCGCGCGCUGCGCAACAUCACGCGCGAGGGCUUCCCGUGCCGGGUGGACAUUCCAAACUCAUGCGGGACCAACGCAAGCGCGCAGCUUGAGGGGUGCAGGUUUGACCUGCCCACGCAGGAGCGCGAAGUCACCCGGCUGCGCGCAGUCAUCAGCGAGCUGCUCCAGGAGGGUCACCUCAAGGCGGGCACGAAGCUCGCGGUGGCGCUGCAGGCAUUCUCAGAGCGCAUGGACGCGAAGAUCGCUAAAGUGCGGGCGGAGGAGGACGCACUGGAGGAGGCGGAGAAGGCCAAGAAGACUGCGGAAGGCGAAAAGGACACAGGCGAGCGCGCUCCGGAGGUGGACGGGCUGGUUGAUGUCUUGGCGACACUCGAGGUCGUCCGGCGGGCGAUUGCUGCACGCGCAGCGGUGCAGCCACGGCUGCUCGUGCAUGUCCUGGACGUACACAAUUCGGUCGAGAAGAGCCUGGAGGUUUCUACGAAGCCGAAGUGGUUCCAGAUGCAGCAAAAGAACAAGAAUGAGCUGGAGCCGGAGGCGAAGGAGGAUCCGAAGGCGCGGCUGAUGGAGAGCAGCGCCCUGGUGUUCUGGGGGACAGGCAUGUCCACGCGCGUUAGCCCGUUCACACCUGAGGACAGCAUGCAAUGCUAA